AUGGCUCCUUCUCCCGAGACUCCAAUCCCACUAUGGCUGGAUUGCGAUCCAGGCCACGAUGAUGCAUUUGCUAUUCUCAUAGCUGCUCAUCAUCCAUCCUUGAAUCUCCUGGGAUUAACGACUAUCCACGGAAACUCCUCCCUCGAAAACACAACGACCAACGCAUUGAGGGUUCUCGAGGCUAUUGGCAAACCAGAAAUUCCCGUCUAUCCCGGUAGCAGGAACCCAUUCUGCCGACCUGCUGUUCAUGCACCUGAUAUCCACGGUGACUCGGGACUCGACGGAACAGACCUGUUGCCCAAUGCGACAACACCACCCGUGACAGAUGUCAAUCCGAUCCUCGCAAUGCGUGACGCUUUGCUCGCACAGCCAAAGGGAACACCUUGGGUCAUCGCAACUGGCACCUUGACCAACAUUGCCUUGCUCUUUGCCACGUUUCCUGAAGUCGCAGAGCACAUUCAAGGUCUUAGUAUAAUGGGUGGUGGUAUUGGUGAAGGGUUUACAGGUGCCCCAAUGAGCAGACUUCCAGGAGAACAUGCGAGAAUCGGGAAUGUGACACCUUGGGCAGAAUUCAACAUCUACUGUGACCCUGAAUCUUCCAAAUCGAUCUUCAGCAACCCUGUUCUUGCGCCAAAGACGACAAUGAUAUCUCUGGACUUGACCCACCAAGUCCUCGCUUCCCGCAAAGUGCAGGAUCGGAUCCUGGAAUCAAAGAACCCCGCUGACCCGCCAUCCAUCCUCAGAAGAAUGAUGCACGACCUUCUCAUCUUUUUCGCGCAAACUUACGACUCCGUCUUUGGCCUAGCAACCGGCCCUCCUCUCCACGAUCCACUCGCCGUGGCCGUGGCAGUCUCGAACCUCAACCCGGUUUUCGCCAAACGGCAUCCCGAGCAAGCCCUGGCCUUCAAUGACAAGAAUGGCGAGAGGUUUGCUGUGAAUGUCGUCACUGAUGGCAUUCAUAGCACGAAUGUACUUGAGACAGGCCAGCUGGGACGGACUCUGGCGACUCCUCUGGCUAGUCAUGGAGUAGCCAUUCCGCGAGGGGUCGAUCUCGAGGCUUUCUGGGAGAUGAUCUCGGACUGUCUGGAGCGCGCCGAUGAGUGCAACCUGGCACGGAAACUGUGA